CUGGUGCUGGAGCCGGAGCCGGAGCCGGAGCAGGAGCAGGAGCAGGAGCAGGAGCAGGAGCAGGAGCAGGAGCAGGAGCAGGAGCAGGAGCAGGAGCAGGAGCAGGAGCCGGAGCCGGCUGGGGACAGGGCUGCUGAGGCUGAGGUUGAGGUUGAGGCUGCGGCUUGGGUUGAGGCUGAGGUUGGGGCUGAGGUUGGGGUUGAGGGCAAGGAACAGGAGCAGGAGCAGGCCCCGAAGAGGGCUUGGGUUGCUGAGGUUGCUGGGGCUGCUGAGGUUGCUGGGGCUGCUGAGGUUGCUGGGGCUGCUGAGGCUGCUGAGGUUGCUGAGGCUGCUGAGGUUGCUGGGGCUGUUGGGGUUGCUGAGGCUGCUGAGGCUGCUGAGGUUGCUGGGGCUGCUGAGGCUGCUGAGGUUGCUGAGGCUGCUGAGGUUGCUGGGGCUGUUGGGGUUGCUGAGGCUGCUGAGGCUGCUGAGGCUGCUGAGGCUGCUGGGGCUGCUGGGGCUGCUGAGGUUGCUGGGGCUGUUGGGGUUGCUGAGGCUGCUGAGGCUGCUGGGGCUGCUGGGGCUGCUGAGGUUGCUGCGGUUUCUGAGGCUGCGGGCAAGGCUGCUGAGGUUGAGGUUGAGGCUGAGGCUGCGGUUGCGGCUUGGGUUGAGGCUGCGGCUGAGGGCAAGGAGCAGGAGCAGGUGCCGGAGCCGGUGCAGGCCCCGAAGAGGGCUUGGGCUGCUGAGGCUGGGGGCAAGAUGGCGAAGGCUGCUGAGGAGCCGGCUGGGGUACGGGAACGGGAACCGGGCAAGGAGCCGGAGGCUUAG